ACGUUUCUAAUGCGCAUGUUACAUAUUCCUUUGAUUAUUCCUAUGAUGCUAAAUGCCUUCUAGAUAAGAAAAGUUUCACUGUGACACGGAGCUGACUGGACGUGUUUGCUGUCAUUGUUUGACGUCCCUGCAGCCUGAUGCAGUGAUCGGGUCCUUGUGGUUGUGUGCUCCUGAGCAGGAAGGGCUGACGCACUAUGUGUGACAAACUGAGCUCCUGUGCAGGGUGAUUCCAGGGCAGGGCAGCCAGGAUGCAAGUAUGGACAUAAUAGCCUAUGAUGAAUUCUUCAGUCCACCGCUUCAGAGAUAUUGAAAGGACACCUGAAUACCUCCAGCCAGAGAAGUGUGUUCCACCUCCAAGCCGUGCUUCCUUGGGAACAAUGUGGUUCAUCCGAGAUGGCUGUGGUAUGGUCUGUGCUAUAAUGACAUGGCUUCUGGUUGUCUAUGCAGACUUCGUAGUCCUUCUUGUCAUGCUAGUUCCCUCAAGAGAUUACGUUUAUAGUGUCAUCAAUGGCACGCUGUUCAACACCUUGGCGUUCCUCGCUUUGGCUUCACAUUUUCGUGCUAUGCUGACAGAUCCAGGUGCUGUGCCCAAAGGUAAUGCAACAAAAGAGUUCAUUGAGAGUUUACAGCUUAAGCCAGGACAGGUGGUUUACAAGUGCCCAAAAUGUUGUAGCAUCAAACCUGACAGAGCACAUCACUGCAGUGUUUGCAAGAGGUGUAUCCGGAAAAUGGACCAUCAUUGCCCAUGGGUCAAUAACUGCGUAGGAGAGAAUAACCAGAAGUACUUUGUACUGUUUACAAUGUAUAUAGCACUGAUUUCCCUGCAUGCUCUAAUUAUGGUGGGAUUUCACUUCUUGUAUUGCUUUGAAGAAGACUGGACAAAAUGCAGCUCCUUCUCUCCACCAACUACAGUGAUCCUUCUCAUCCUCUUGUGUUUUGAGGCUCUCCUCUUUCUCAUCUUCACCUCGGUUAUGUUUGGGACCCAAGUGCACUCCAUCUGCACUGAUGAAACGGGCAUCGAGCGCCUCAAGAAGCAGAAGCCGACCUGGGAGCGGACUGGAGGCUGGGAGGGGAUGAAGGCGGCCUUUGGUGGUAGUCUGUCCCUGUCCUGGCUCAACCCCUUCUCCAACAUGGACUGCAGGAGCCCACCUCCAACCCCUGCUGCCCCCGCGGCCGCCAUCAUGACACAGGAGGAGAUCGAGCAGUUCCUGGCUCGAGAGGUGUCCAUCCAAGUGCCCCAUGAGUAGCACAGCAUCUUCCUAAGGGCCAAGGGUCGCAUCCAGGCGGUGCGUGUUAUUUUAUUACCAACUCAUGGUGGAGAGGCAGGGUGGGUUUUCUUGUCUUUUUGUUCAGUUGUACUUCGGGUACUUGUGGUGCAGAAUAUAGUUUGGGACUAUUUAUGGGGAAGUCGGGUACAGCACCAGCAGAAGCAAUGCAAAUCUCCUGAGCAAGUUUUACCCCAGGUGAGAGCCGCACGCCCUUUGGAGCUGUGUCCUGACUUAUUGAGGUGCUCUUGUGUGGCCUUCAGGGAGAGACCCAGGCGUGGGGCCGGAGCUGUGGGGCCUCAUCUCCUCAUUGCACUGGCUGGAUGAGUGUUGCCUCUUUUCCUGCCCAGAUUCCACUUGUUAUUGCAAGGAUUUUGUUAGUUUUUCCCCAUGGCAGCGAUAAAGGACUUUGAACAUGUGGUAACAAACAGUCCAGUGGGUGGCUGGUUGGAGCACAGUGGGGCCACAACCCAGGAUAACAAGGGGAGAUGUUUUGAACCAUAGUGACCCCCUGUGUUUCUCCCCUUUUUCAAUGAAAAUAAUAGAUUUAAGGGGGGGGGAAGAAAUGUAAAAUAAUGCAUAAGGAACUUUGUGCCUAUCAAAAAAUGACUUGGGUAAGGGAAACGUGCUGCAUCUUGGGGAAACUGCGGUAUCCUCUUGCUGUAGGUUGGCCCAAUGAAGCAGCGUGGUGGGGAGAUGGGAAGCUGUUUCACUUCUGCACUAACCCUCGUGCCUGCAUGUCAGGGUCUGCAUCACAGGGACAUGGGGGAUGUACGUGAACCUCUACAGGGAGAAGUGUAGGUGCGUAAGGUGGAAGCUGGGAGCAGCUGGUGGGUGUUCCCCAGCUGUGGGCUGCUGUUCUCAGUUAACUCUCCCACCUGUGGGUGGAAAUGGGGUUGCAGGACCCCAUAGGGAAACCAGCAUUGGAAGCAGCAUUUGGGGUGGAUGAAGCUGUCACAUUAGCAGUAAGGGGGGGACUCCUCUCUGCCUGCUCCAUGCUGCCAUGUUUUUACCCAUCAAAGGAGCAGGAGCUGGAAGAAUGCUGGCAGCAGGAAAUCAGGGUGUUCCCUCGCUCCUCAGCACCCUCCUGCUCAGUCUCAGUGCAGCAUGGCAAAAAUCUCUAUCAGCAGAGGUCCUCAUGAGCUGGAGCAUCGUGCUUCACUCCAAGCCUUGGCAUCCACCUCAUAGUGUAACUCCCAUCGGGUAGCUUGAGACCAAAGUGAUUUCCAUUCAAUUGAAACCAGCCCCCUUCCCCUCCCUGUGGCAUUGUGCCUUCACCUCCAGCCCGGGCUGUGGCUUGCCAAAAAGGGACCUGGGCUGGACUCCAUCAGCAAUGCAGCGUGGGGCUUCAAUCCAUGGCGGAUGGGAUCACAGUGGCCACGAGCAGAAUUCAUGGUCUUUUAAAGCAGGCUUUCUAUGCAAGUAAAGAACCUGUAUCUCUUGGAAAUAUAUAUAUUUUGGUAAUCAUAACUCUGGUUUAUGCCUCCAAAUGCUAAUUGUACUUAAUAAAGAAUGAAUAUUUCCAUGCUGCA